UGCCCCGCGCGCCCCGACCAGGAAGCGUUGCCAUGGCGGCGGGGGGGCUCCGCGGCCUGGUCGCAGCCCUCGAGUCCUACCGCGGCCGGGACCGGGCGGUCCGCGCGCUCUGCUAUGGCUGCCAGCUGGCUGGCGGGGCGCUGGGAGGACGGCGGAGCCCCGCAGCUGGGCUGCCCGGGAGCCUCCUGGCCGUGUCGGCGCAGCUCAGCCACUGCCGCACCGUCCUGCGGCUCUUCGACGACCUCGCCAUGCUCAGCUACAGCCGCGGCUACGGGCUGGGGCCCGAGGACGAGGACGUGCUGGUGCGCGGGCUCUCGGUGCUCUGCAACGUGGCCGACCAGCUGUACUACCCCUGCGAGCACGUCGCCUGGGCGGCCGACGCCGGCAUCAUCCGCGCCAGCUCUAGCAAGUGGUGGGAUGCGAGCACCAGGCUCUGGGGCUUCUCCCUGCUCCUGGGUGUCCUGCGAUCCUUGAGAAUUUUGUUCCGGUUAAGAAAGAAGCUGAGGCAGCAGAAGGGUACAUCUUCACCGCAGGAUCACAAGAAAAUGAAAGCCCAAGUGAAGAGCGAAGUUCUGAGCAUCGUCAGUAACAUGGCAGAUCUCGCCAAUGCCAUCCACUGGCUGCCACCAGGAUUUCUUUGGGCUGGGCGGUUUCCGCCGUGGCUAGUAGGACUCCUGGGGACCAUCUCUUCCCUGAUUGGUAUCUACCAGGCAUCUAGAGAGGGCAAUUCUGGAGCUGUAUGAGCCAUAUUAAGCCUCUGGAACCCAGUUUUUACAUGGUAAAAAUGCAUUUAUUGG